AUGGCGGAUGCAGUGCUUGGUUCCACUACACAAGUUCUAGUGCAGACGGCAAUAAACUUGGCUUCCGAACAAAUUGGCCAGUUUGUUGGCUUCAAGAAAGAUUUGCAGAAACUGAAAGAUACGUUGACUCUGAUCCAGGCUUUCCUUAGUGACGCAGAGAAAAAGCAGGUGACUGAAAAUUCCGUGAAGCUUUGGCUGGAGCAUCUUGAACGCGUGGCUUUCGAUGCUGAAAAUUUGCUGGAUGACUUCAACUAUGAAAUGAUUCGACGCAAAGUUGAGAUCCGAAACCAAAUGAAGAGGAAGGUAUGCUUCUUCUUCUCAGUCUCCAAUCCCAUUGCAUUUCGUUGCAGAAUGGCCAGAAAAAUUCAGAAAAUCAAUAUGGAUUUGAUAAGUAUCCAUGAACGAAGAACAACACUUGGUCUUCUCCGGUCACAGAAUGACGCCAGAGAUGCACCUGCUAUUUCAUCUCCCGGCGGAGAAGCAUUUAUGAAGAACAAAGAGACUGACUCUGUCACUGUUGAUGUGAGUUUUGUUGGAAGAGAUGGUGAUGUUUCAGCAAUAGUAGCACAAUUGACUGCCACGAAUAAUAAUGAAACUAUCUCCGUUCUUCCUAUAGUAGGGAUGGGCGGUAUUGGGAAGACCACCUUGGCUCGAAAAGUUUUUAAUCACCCAAAGAUUGAAAAAUAUUUUGAGAAGAGAAUGUGGGUAUGCGUGUCAGAUGAUUUCAAUGCCAAUAGGCUUUUUGGUUUGAUGCUAGAAUCACUGAAACUCCCAAUGCUUGAAGUUGCGGGUAGGGAUUCUAGGGAAGCCAGAGUCAAUAAGCUUAAGGAACUAUUGGAUGGUAAAAAGUAUCUGCUGGUCUUGGAUGAUGUGUGGAAUAAGGAGUCCAGACUCUCCAGACCAUGGAAUGAGUUUCUUGGGUCUUUGAAAGGUACUAGCCAAGCCAUGGGGAGUUGGAUUCUUGUGACCACUCGUGAGCGACAAGUGGCAGACAGCACUAGAAUUUCUUCUCCUCGAGAUUACUCCUUGAAACAAUUAUCAUAUGAUCAAUGUUGGCUCAUUCUCAAAGAAAAUGCAUUUGGUACUGGGGAAGUGUCGGAUGGGCUGCAAGAUACAGGGUUGAAGAUUGCGCAGAGAUGCCAAGGCUUACCACUGGCUGCAAGUGUUCUCGGUGGCAUGUUGCGCAACAAGGGACCAGAUGAAUGGCAAAACUUAGUGAGUGGGCUUCAAAGUUUAGGUGGAGGUGAAAACAAUGACGUUAACGAAAUUUUGAAGUUAAGCUUCGACCAUCUUCCAUAUCCAUCUCUUAAGAAGUGUUUUGCAUAUUGUUCAAUUUUUCCUGAGGAUUUUGAAAUAAAAAGGAAUCAACUAAUCCAACUGUGGGCUGCAGAAGGAUUUCUUCAGUCAAAUCCAACAAAAAAAAUGUCUAUGGAGGAAGUUGGUAACAGGUACUUUACCAUUUUGUUGGAUAGCAACUUGUUUCAAGAUGCAAAGAAGGAUGCUUAUGGGAAUGUUUUGUACUGCAAAAUGCAUGAUCUUGUGCAUGAUAUGGCACAAUCCAUUUCUGAAUGUAAAACUUUAAGGUUGAAAGAGUCAACAGAAGCUGAUUUUCAUGACAAGAGUUUUCGGUAUCUUGCAAUUGAGAGAAGUGAAGAAGAAAUACUACCAUUUCCACAGAAGGAGAGUUUCAGGUACAUAACAACAUUAUUUUUACUGGAGAACAGAUCAAUUGAUGAUGGUUUGAUCAUCUUUUUGGCUUGCUUGCGAGUGCUAAACAUAGCUUCAUCAGAUGCGAAGGAGCUUCCUAAAUCAAUUGGCAAGUUGUCUCAUUUAAGGUAUCUCGAUUCAUCAAAUACUCCAAUGGAAACUUUGCCGGACUCUCUUUGCAAACUUUACAAUCUACAGACGUUAAGACUUCGAAAUUGUGAAUCAUUGACAAAGUUUCCAAACAAUUUCAAGAAUUUGGUGAAUCUGAGGCACUUUGACUUUUUCCACAAGGAUAAAUCAAGUGAUCUAAUGCCUCUUGAAAUCGGACAAUUGCGUUCUCUCCAAACAUUGCCAUUUUUAAAUAUUGGUAAAGAGGCCGGUCGACAAAUUGGACAAUUGGGGAGUUUAAAGAAUCUCAGUGGAAGUUUUGAAAUACGAAAUCUGCAAUUGGUGACUAGUAUGGAAGAAGCCAAGUCUGCGAAACUGAUUGACAAGCCAAACAUUGAUGAGUUGAAAUUAUUGUGGAAUAAAAUAGAAAAUCCGAGAGAGAAUGACAGUGAAUGUAAUCAAGUGUUGGAAGGCUUGCAUCCUCACCAAAAUUUGAAGUGUUUGAUAAUUGAAAGAUUUUUUGGUGAUAAACUUUCUACAUGGAUUGGAGAACUUGGGAGAUUGGUGAAAUUUAAAUUGCAAAAUUGCAAAAACUGCAAAGAGUUACCAACUCUUGGACACAUGCCCUUCCUCAGAUCUCUUCACUUGGAAGGACUUGAUAGCAUAACAAGCAUAGGCCCUUCUUUUUAUGGCAGAUCAGGUGUGCAUAGUGGCAGUACCAGUCAAAGGCCCCUAAACUUGUUUCCAGCACUUGAAGAUCUCAUUCUAGAAAAUAUGCAAAAUUUGAGGGAAUGGACGGAAGCAACAGUUCAUGAUGGGACAGUGGUAGUGUUUCCGGUCCUUCAUACGGUAAGGAUUACUGAUUGCCCUCAAUUAGCCACUUUUCCAAGUCAUUUUCCACAUCUUAAGGAAUUGAACAUCGAGAAAAUCCAAAAUGGAUCAGCAUUAAUAACACAUAUUUGUAGUGGAGUCAGCACUCUCACUAGACUUUCUAUUGAGAGUGUGACUGGACUCACCAAAUUACCAAAUAUGUUAUUCCAAAAUAAUCCCAAGCUUGCAGAUCUCGAAUUAAGAGAUUGUGAAGAUUUGGCCCAAUUCUUGGAUUUUUCAUUUGAUGUUCCUCAAACUUCAAAAGGACCAAAUUACCAAUCAGUAGCUGAGCACACUUGUAUCGACAAUAAUGCUCCUCAACAUUUGGUUGGCCUUGAUUCCCUAGAGUCAAUUUCAAUCCCCAAGGGAAGAAAAUACCUCACUGCCUUGCGACAUUUAUGGAUUGUGGCCUGCAAUGGGUUGACCCACUUGUCCAUCCCCCAAAUAUCUGAGUCAGAGUGGGAUUCCACUUCUUCACCCUUCUCCUCCUCCAGUAAUUGUCCUUCUCCUCUUUCUCUUGAGAGACUGGAAAUAUUCUUUUGCCCCAAUCUUAUCUCCUUUCCAAUUGAUUUAACUCGAACACCUUCUCUCUCUUCCCUGGACAUAUCAGACUGUAAGAAAUUAACUGACUUGCCCAAGGGGAAGCUUUGUUCUCUUACAAGGUUGAGAUACUUAUACAUCGGACCAUUCUCAGAAACCACCACAGAGUUGCAUUCCUUCCUCGACCUCUUUGAUGCUCUCCCACCACCGCACCCCUACUUCCCCUCCCUUUCAAUGUUACAUCUGCAUGGAUGGCCUCAUUGGGAAUCUCUGCCCGAGCAACUUCAGCACCUCUCUGCCCUGACAGAACUUUGGCUAUAUGGUUUUGGAGUAAAAUCAUUGCCCGAUUGGUUUGGAAAGCUUUACUCACUUGAAGAACUCUAUCUCUGUGGACAGCAGCAGCAGCAGCAGUAUCGACCCUAA